CUUUCGUUCUUUCCAAUCAUCCGCCAUUUGUAGUUGUGCAGGCGAUCACGUAGCUUGAAGAAAUGGCGAAUCAUCUGGUGAGGUAUGCUGCGCAACAAUCUAAGGCUAGGAUCAGCCCAAUCAUUUCUCAAGCUAGGUCGGCCCAUGAUCAUGCCCAUGAUCAUCACGAGGUUGGAGAUCCUAUCAAGACUAUCAUUGGAAACCGAGACAUUGUUGGUUAUGGUAUGAAUGGCCAGCCAAACUACAUCGACCGUGUUGACUUUCCUCUUCCAGCUAUCCGCUACAAGGAAGCAACGCCAGACAUUCAGGUUUUGAGAGAGAAGGAAAAGGGAGAUUGGCAUAAAUUGACCAUCGAAGAAAAGAAAGCUUUGUACAGAGCAUCUUUCUGCCAGACCUUUGCUGAGAUGAAAGCACCUACUGGUGAAUGGAAGUCUGUUCUUGGGUUUGCCUUGAUUGGAUGUUCCAUUGCAUGCUGGAUUUAUAUCUGGAUGAAGCAAUAUGUGUAUGCUCCCUUGCCUGUGACUUUCUCUCCUGAGAGGCAACAAGCUCAACUGGAGAGAAUGAUUAAUAUGCAAAUUGCACCUAUUGAAGGUCUUGCAUCGAAAUACGACUACGAGAAGGGAAGAUGGAAGGAGUAAUUUCGUUAAUAGUAACAUUAUUGUCAGACCAUCAGAGACAUUGUACACAGUAGUAUCAACAUCCAUUAUGUAGCCGAAGAUAAGCCAAGCUCGAUGGAUGUUAUCGAUUGGCUACUAAAAAAUACAUCGGUCGAAUAUGUAAAAUA